UGUUUUCGAAGACGAAGAAGAACAAGCAUUCAAAGAAGUCUCUUCGCGCAACUCUGUGUAUAUAAACUCUGAUAAAAACAAAAUAAUAGUGAAACAGCAAAACAGAAAAUUAUUAUUCUCGUAAUUUAAAUAAAAAAAUCGAUAAGCGCAGACACAGCUGGAUGAUUAGUUAAAAUUUUGAUAUUUUCCGUAACUGUUGGACAAACUCGUUGUCAUCAUCAUCGAUUUCCUGAUAAGCGAAAGGUCAGUUUUUGUUCUCGCAAUCAUCAUCCGUCAGUCAUUAAUUGCCACUCGUAUCAGAAGUUCGGAGCUUCCUUUCCCAGUCCUUUGUUAAAAUUUGAUGAGUUCUCUAAAAUAUUGGAUCCUGCUAGCGGUUCGAUUGUUCGCGCAUUUCAUCAUUUGACAAUUUAAUCGUAUCGGUCAGCUACGCUUGGAAAGUGCCUCACCCACGUCGACGACAUCGGUUACAAGCAGAAGACGCAAUUCUAGUGAAAUCACCAUCAGAGCGGAUUCCCACCACCAGCAGCAGCCCUUAGUAGAAGUCCAUAGCUUUAGAGGAACAACCAGCUUAAAAAGUACCGUAAUUACUGUCCAUCGUCAUAACGAGUGCGGGAAAAUGCUGGACCUGGAUACUCGUCCCGUUCCGGAUCAGAUCGGUUAUCUGAUCAUGUCCGAGGAUGGAGCAGUUUUGGCUUCCGGCGGAGAGAUGGAAAACGAUGAACAGAGCGCGAACAUUAUUAGUGGAUUAUUGACACUGACCGAAAGCGUUGACCCAGCUGUAUUCAAAAAACGUUCGUGCAAGAAGAUUUCGAUAGUAUACGAAGAACACAGCUAUACCAUUUGUCUUUCCAACAAGAAGAUCUACGUUGUUAAGCGUCGAAACGGCUCUCAUCAGAAUGGUGGUAACGAUGUUGAAGGGAGAGGCAUUCUGGCCUAAAAUGUGAAAUCUCUUGUAAAUAAAUAUACGUGUCUUCUAGAA